AUGGCAUCACAUUCUGAAAUGGGCGAUGUCCCUGAUCAAAAUGAAAUUGGUGAUGUCGACUCUCUGGCAUCUACCGCAGAAAGCGACCCGGAAGCGGAGUACCUCGUGAAUGACAUCCAUGCGGAACGGAGGUUCUACGUAGAACCAGAUUCUGAGGAUGACGAGGGUGUCUUUAUUACUCAGUAUUUGGUCGAGUGGACUGGAUACAGCAUGGACAGGUGCAGCUGGGAGCCGAGGGAAAUGUUUACUUCGGAAGAGACCCUAGAUGCCUGGGAAAAAAAGAAAAGGCAGAUUGCCGAGGGCAAGGUUAAGCCUCGCUUUAAUCUCAAGUCAUGGGAGAAGAGUAUGGCUCUGUUGGAGAAGAAGGCAAAAAAGCGAAAAGAAGACCGAAGGCGUAAACGAGAGCAAAAGGGCACGACAGAAAAGCCUCCCUCAGGCUGA